GUGCAUUGCCAGCAUGGCCUAAACUUUUGAAUAUAUGUAUAAUAUAUAUUCCAACAAAAAUCAAUAAGCUCAUCUGUCAUUCUUCGUAUCUGGAGCACGGACCAUCCCCCAAAAAGCACGCAGACCAGCACAAAAAAAAAAAAAACGGAAAAAAGAAAAACUUAUGAAAAAAGAAGGAUACAUUGUAUAAAUUGUGUGAUAAAACACUCGUCAUGUUGGGGCAAAUUCGAAAAUUCAAUGUGCUAAUAUUUUGCACAUUGAUUGCCAUCUGUGUGGCUGUCAUGAAUGAUCCGUAUAAGGAACUCGGUGUCAGCUCCACAGCAUCCGCACAGGAAAUUCGACGAGCGUAUAAGCAGUUGGCCAAGGAGUGGCAUCCGGAUAAGAGUAAUCAUCCGGAUGCGGAGCGUAAGUUUGUACAGAUCAAAAAGGCCUACGAGCUGUUGAGCGACACCGAUCGACGACGUAUUUACGAUAAACACGGCAUUACUAGCGAGGAUUCGCAUUUCUUAAAACAAAAACAUGAUUACAGCAACUACAAUCGAUUUGGGUUCGAUCCAGUGGAAGAAUUCUUUGGUAAGCAAUUCGGGUUCGACCAGGAUAUCAGCUUGUAUCAUAAACUCUCUGUCACUUCCAAUUACUUUGAGCAUACCAUCAUACCGAAGAGCAAGACCAAGUUGCAUAUUAUAAUGUUCUACAACGAUUGGUGUUUCGGUUGUAUUCGAAUUGUGGGAGCGUUCAAGAAGCUGAUCGACACCUUCGAGCCACUGGGAAUAUCCUUUGUCACCAUAAAUGCCGCCCACGAGCCAACCAUAUUGCGCAAAACUGGAGCAGAUGAUAUACCAAGAAUGGUGCUGGUGCUCGGCGGGCAUAGCUAUGUCUAUCGCGAGAAUAUCUAUACACAGCAGAAGUUGGCCGAAUUUAUACGCAAGAAGAUGCCCUUUAAGAUCGGUCAGCGCGUAAAUGAUGAAAAUGUCGACGAGUUUCUGAGUGGUUGGACAGAUAAUCGGGUGCGUGCUCUGGUCUUGGAGCCGCGAAGCGUAACCAGGCUGAGAUAUCUGAUAAGCGCCUUUGCCUUCCAUGAUCGUGUGGCUUUUGGCUUUGUGGAUCUAACUAGCAAGGCUUGUAGUCUCAUGGCUGAUCGUUUUAAAGUCAAUCCCAAGUUAGAUACACUCUUCCUGUUCAAUGAGGACUCUGUGCGAGCUGUUGCUAGCAUUUCUAUGGCUGAUAUACCCACACAAACACUGGACAACAUCAUCUCCACAAAUCAAUUCCUUUCGCUACCCAGACUUUCCUCGCAGGAUGUGCUCGAAGGGGUUUGCCCAGCCGAAUGGAAUAGACCAAGGAAGCGUUUGUGUGUAAUACUUAUUACAGAAAACUCGCCCGAAUAUGAUAUAGCACGAGGUGCCUUGCGGCAUAUUGCUCUAGAGUCUGGCUAUAGCUUGGAGAGAGUUCGCUUUGCGUAUAUGUACAAGGAGAAGCAGGCAGAUUUCCUUAAUGCCAUUUCGAAGGGCUCCUUCGAGGACAAUCUAUUGAGGCUCGUCGUCAUCUGGCGGCGUGAUAGCACCCAAAUCAAAUACGAGUGGGUGGACGGUGCCAAGUUGGAUAUUAAGACGGACGACUAUCUGAACAAUAGCGCCAUCAAUGCCACGAAACAUGAGAUAAAUCUAACCAUACAACGACUGUUGAAGACGUCGGAGGCAUUAACCUACGAGGCAUUCGUCCAGAAUUUAUUGGAUGAGCAUGCUCAAGGCAUGUUGAGCAAAUGGAUCACUAGGCUACUCUACCUAGUAGAUUAUCUAUCCGAUAAUAUCGAAGACGAACAUCUCUUUGCUGCCCUAUCGCUGUUGGGCACCAUCGCAUUUAUGUUUGGCAUUGGCUACGUCAUGAUGUACUUUGUGCGCGCCGAGGAGGAGACUCUAAAGGCGCAAGGACAGCUCAACAACGCCGGACAAUGCAACAAGCAGAGCAAACAUGUGCCGGAGUUGAAGCUUUACGAGCUAAGGGCAGAGAAAUAUAAUGGUCUAGUGCGCCUGCUGAAGCCCGGCUGUCGUACAAUCCUAUUAAUAACCGAUCUGCAGAGUCGGGCCAAGCUGAUUCCUCCUUAUCAUCGCGCUGUUUGGCCUUAUAGACGUACCAAAACCCUUAUCUUUGGCCAUAUGCUCAUUGAGAAGGGCUUGUCCUGGUACUCUGAACUGCUACGCUUGUCGCUAUGCACAAAUCAGAAGCUACAAAUCAAUCCCAGAAAUUGUGUUGGCACUGUAAUAGCCUUAAAUGGACACCGCAAGUAUUUCUGCGUAUAUCAUGCCAAGCAUCCAGAAUGCGCACGCGGUACCAAGCGAAUGAUCAAGAUGACCAAACAAUUGCUGGAUCGCAACGAUGAUCCAGAGAUUGGUAACUUCCUGGGGGUUAACUACUCCGAAGAAUCAGAUGUCGAAUCGAAUGUGCUAUUCGAGGACAAUUUGCUAGAUGGUCUCAGCAAUUGGCUAGAUCGUUUAUUCGAGGGAACAACACACAGAUAUUACAUCAACUAUUGGCCCGAUUUUCCCACAAAGUAAACUUCAUAAAGUGUUUAAGUAUGUGUAAAUUACUUUGUCAGCCCGCAAUUUCUUGUAAAUCCUUUCUAGUCAAUAAUAAAAAGAAAACGAACAAUC